UGUGUGCAUGGGCCGCCCCCCCACGCCUGCGUACUGCACUUUGGGGGCGGGCCAGGGGUCAGGACGGCUGGGUCGUUGGGGGAGCAGGACAUGGCAGCGCUCCGUUUAUUGCACCGGGUUACCCGGGCAGGUCCACCCGUGCCCCCCUUGUACUACCUGCGGGCACUCAGCACCACCACCCCCCUGCAGUGCUACAAGUACGUCAACAUCCAGGAGCCAGCUAUGGACAUGAAGUCCAUCACCGACCGCGCCGCACAGACCCUGCUGUGGACAGAGCUAAUCCGAGGGCUGGCCAUGACACUGAGUUACCUGUUCCGAGAGCCGGCCACCAUCAAUUACCCCUUUGAGAAGGGGCCACUGAGCCCUCGCUUCCGUGGGGAGCAUGCGCUGCGUCGUUACCCAUCGGGUGAGGAGCGCUGCAUCGCCUGCAAGCUCUGCGAGGCCAUCUGCCCUGCACAGGCCAUCACCAUUGAGGCCGAGCCUAGAGCGGAUGGAAGCCGCCGCACCACGCGCUAUGACAUCGACAUGACCAAGUGCAUCUACUGCGGCUUCUGCCAGGAGGCCUGUCCUGUGGAUGCCAUCGUGGAGGGUCCCAACUUUGAGUUCUCGACGGAGACGCACGAGGAGCUGCUCUACAACAAGGAGAAGCUGCUCAACAACGGCGACAAGUGGGAGGCUGAGAUUGCAGCCAACAUCCAGGCUGAUUACCUGUACCGGUGAUGGUGGGACCGCACCACCUGCCCCUCCAGAGCCCAUUAAUAAAGUGGGGGUACACCAGCCCCUUCCUAAGCCUAA